AAGGCAGCUUUGAAUGCAGUCUCAACACCUCAUCACACCUUACCCAUCCUCCGUUUAUUUAUCUCUCUCUCUCAUCCAAUUUCUUCUCAUCUCCCCAGAACAAAUAAUUUAAUUAAAAAAAAAAAUGGCCGACGAAACCCAAAUCGAUGUUCUUUCUGCUUCUCGUUUAGUUUUCAUUUUAUUUCUUCUCAUCAGUUCUUCGUCGUCUUCUUCAGAGCAUCUUUCACGAGGCUACAAGUUUCUCGACGUGUCUGCUUCUUUGCAGCAAGCCAAUGGAGUUUUCUCUCACUUAACUAAAGAUGACUACAAACCCGCCGUCGACCUUAUCACUAAUUCUUCACCACUCAAUUUUUCUCUCUCCAUUUCUUUACAUUCUCGCUCCUCUUUGCUUCUCACCGACUACUCCAAAAACUACACCACACUUACGCUCUCCCGCCUCUCACGCGACAAAGCGCGCGUGCGUUCACUCCUCCUCAACCACCCGGCGGCAACCACCGUUCGCCGCCCCGAACAACUGCAGUCCCCAGUUUCCUCCGGUACCAGCCAGGGCAGCGGCGAGUACUUCGCCCGGAUCGGAGUGGGUCAACCCGCCAACCAGUACUACAUGGCCAUCGACACUGGUAGUGACGUCAGCUGGCUCCAGUGCGACCCGUGCUCCGACUGCUACCAGCAAACCGACCCGAUCUACAAACCCUCCUCCUCCUCCACCUACAAGCCGCUCGGCUGCAACACCCUGCAGUGCGCUUUCCUCGAGGUCUCCGCCUGCCGUACCAACACCUGUCUCUACCAGGUCUCCUACGGCGACGGUUCCUACACCGUCGGAAACUUCGCCACCGAGACCAUCUCCUUCGGCCAGUACGGCUCCGUCCCCGCCGUGGCGUUCGGCUGCGGCCACGACAACGUCGGCUUGUUCUCCGGCUCGGCUGGGCUGCUGGGCUUGGGCGGGGGGAGGUUGUCCCUCCCUUCUCAGAUCAAAGCGACGUCGUUUUCCUACUGCUUGGUGGAUAAGGACUCGCGCUCGUUCUCGACUCUCGAGUUCAACUCGGCCCCACCCGGCGACUCGGUGGUGGCGCCCAUGCUGAAGAACUCACUCACCAGCACCUACUUCUACGUGGGCCUCACCGGAAUCAGCGUCGGGGGCCGUGCGCUGAAGAUCCCGGCGAGCAUGUUCGACAUCGGCGCCGACGGGAAGGGCGGGGUGAUCGUGGACUCCGGCACGGCGGUGACGCGGCUGCGGACGGAGGUGUACACCCUGGUGAGGGACACGUUCAAGAGCAUGUCGCCGUACUUGAGGUCCGCCGGGAGAUUCUCGCUGUUCGACACGUGCUACGACUUCUCCUCGGAGACGACGGUCAAGGUUCCGAUGAUUUCGUUUCAGUUCGCCGGCGGGAAGACGCUGCCGGUGCGGCCGAGCAACUUCCUGAUACCGGUUGACGAGAAGGGGAAAUUCUGCUUUGCUUUCGCCGGCACGUCGGGCCCACUCAACAUCAUCGGUAACUUGCAGCAGCAGGGGACACGUGUCACUUAUGACCUGGCAAAUAGAAAUAUUGGUUUCAGCCCAAAUAAAUGCUAGAUACUAACAAAUUUCACUAUAUGUAAAACGGGUCCUCUUCUUCUCCAGUAAUUAUAUUAUGAAAGACCGUUUUGUCAAUUUAUCUUCUGCCCCUUCUAAUUAGGUACAAUUAUAAUGAUAUACCCGGAGUUACACGUGGUUAUUUA